CAGCCGGCUGCCCGAGGGUGCGCGCCGCAGGGCUCGAGGCUGCGACCGCUGCGGCUGCCCCUGGCGGUGGUGUAGCAAGGCCCGACCGCGGGCGCACCGCUGCGGCGACGCGGGCUGCCUGCCCCGAGCCGGCAACGAUGCCCUCCCGCGCCAGUCGAGACGAGGCGCCGCCGCCCAUCCCCGCUUCAGGUGAUGCGGACCAAAUCCAUAAACUCAUGCAGAAGAAAAUUGCUCAAUUAACAAAGGUUGUGUACCACGUCAAUACUACCAAUGAAGAUCACCAGUCGGAGCUCGCCGCAUUAAAAAAACAACAUAGGGAAGAGCUCGCGCGGGUUUCGAGGGACGCCGCGAAGCGCGUGAAGGAGAUCGGCGACGCUGCGUCGGCGACCGACGGCGGGCUGAAGAAGAAGCUUGAGAAUCUCAUCAGUGCGCAUGCGCGCGACAAAGCUUCAGCGCAGACGAAAGCUCGUGAAUGUGUAAACCAGGCCCUUCAGAAGGCCCAUUCCUCGCAUGAGGCGGAGAUGAAUGACUUGAGGAAGGUCGUGAAGGAUCUGGAGGAGAGGUUCCGUGCGGCUCAAAAUGUUUUCGAGACUACGGUAGAAAAAUUGGAAAACGGCUCGAACAAGAAGUCGGAACAGCUGGAGAAGGAUCUGAUGAAGCUGCAGAAACAAUUGGACGAGAAGGACGCUCUGCUGAGGGAGGGCGGCGAGUGGCGGGGCAAGCAUGACCAACUGAUGGCCGCGAAUGAAGCGUUGCGCCAGGAGCUCGAGGAGCGCUACAAAGAUGGCUUUGCGAAGGGCAGGGCCGAGGCCGAAGGCGCGUUCGAAGCGAGGUUAGGGCGAUUAAGAGCUGAACUCAAGGGCGAACACGAGGAUGCGAUGGCAAAACAAGCGAAGCAGCUCCGAACGGAGAAGGACGAGGUCCUAAAACUGCAGGAGCAGCGGCAUACGGCUGAAUUGGAGGAAUUGUCGAAGAACGCUUUGUUAGAUGCCGAGCACGCUUCGCGACUCGAGAAGGCCCUUAAGGAAGCCAACAGUGAACUGGAGACGUUGCGGACUGACCUCAAGGCCAAGGAUGAGGAGAUUGAGAGGUUGAGAGACGACGCUUUGCGCCAACGAGGCGACGCCUCCGAAGAGUUGCAACGAGCCUUGGACGCGCAGCGCGUCCUCGAGCAAGCGAACAGCGCCCUGGGCAAGGACAACGCCGCCAAGUCGAAAGCUCUGAGGGAUAGUGCCGACGCGACCGACGCGUUACAAACUAGAUAUGAUGCCUUAGCGAGGAUGACGGAUUCCGAGCUGUCCAAGCGCGACGGCCAGCUCGCCGAGAAGGACCAACAGAUCGACGCGUUACGUAAGGAGCGCGACGCGUUGCGCGAUUCGCAUGCGUCGUCGGCGUCGGACGCGUCGGUCGCCGAGGCUACUAUUCAGAAGCUCCGUUCAGAACUCGCGGAGCUCAAGCGGUCGUCAUCGAAGCAGAUCGAGGCGCUCCAAAGUGAUUUGAAGGCCUCGAAGCAGACUCUCAGAGAUACGCAAGCACAAAGUGAAGCCCAGCUUUCAUCCUUGAAAGACCAGAUCGAAGCCACCAAGGCCAAGGGCAAAGAGGCUCUAGAGGCCCAACGGAAGAGGUCAGCAGAGCGCGAACACAAGGCCCAGAAGGAACAUAAAGCGUCGAUAGAGGAUCUGCAAAAGCAACUACGCGAGGCCCUCGAGAAGAACGCGCAAGAAAACGCGUUAGUGCAGGGGUCGCGGCAGAAGCUCGAAAAAGAUCUGAAGGAUGCGCUCCAACGGUGUGGAGCUGCAGAGGCCGAGUCCGUGAGGCAGCAGCAGCUGACGCAGUCUCUGAAAUCGCAAGUGGAGGAGUUGCGACGGCAACUCGCGUCGGAGGGUCGCGAGGCCCAAGAGCGGCUGAAGCGGGAGCUCCAGGCGGUGGAGGCGGCAUCUUCGAAACGAUUGCAGAAGGAAUUGAGCGACCUUGAAAGUAGGUUGACGAAGGAAUCUAGUGAGGCUGUGGCGCGGUUAGAAGCGGCACAUGCGGAGGCGCUGGCCACGUUGGAGCAGCGGCGGCUCGACGACCUCGCUUCGACGCAAGCCGAGGCUGAUAAACUCUUUGCGGAGGCCACGGCUAAAGCCGACGCGGCUCUUGCAAAAGCGACGAAGCGCUACGAGGCCGCGGAGACUGCUCUUGCGAAGGCGACGGCCGACCUCGAGCGGGCGCGGGCCGCCAUCGAAACGGCGUCGCAGGACGCGCAUGCGCUCGUGAAGGUGCGCGACGCGACGAUUCAGGAGCUUCGGGAGACGAUACGGGACCUGGAGGCGACGCUCGCCGACGUCCGGUCAGAUGCUCAGCGGACGCGCGACGACCUCUCGCAGCGUUUGGAGGAGGCGGAGGCCUCCGCGCGUCAAUUCGCCGCCGAUCUGGAGGAAGCAAAAAGCGAGAUCGAUGCGUUACGAAAGAAUGCUGAAGCCGCGUCGAAGGCGCACGGCGAGGAGCUGGCCAAGGCCGAGGCCCACCGUCGUCAAAAGCUGCGCGAGGCCGUGAAACGGGCAGCCCGCGUGCAGGCCCUCGAGGGUUUCCUGCAGGCGGCGAAGGAGGCCGCGGUCCGGCGCGCCGAACAGGACGCGCUCGACGCCGACCGCGCGUUGGCCAAGGCGGCCUGUGCGGCCGCGCAGUUCGCGCUGGAACUCAAUAACACGUGGCAGGGCAAUUCUGAGAACGACAAGCGCGAGUUUGCGGAACGGUUCGCGGCCAUGGAGAAGGCUAGGGAUGCGGCGCUCGAGGACGGCCGCGUCGCUCUUGUUGAGUUAAAACGGCAGCACGACGACGCCAUGACUACUUUGAGACGCGAAGCCGAUGAGAGGGAAACGGCCGCCUCGGCUUAUUUGGAUUCUGAGAGAAGACGGCUCGAGGACGAACGCGACGAGCUCCUCGCGAAGGCGGCAAGUGAGGCGGAUAAACGCCACGCGACCAUGGUCGAGGCCUUCGAGAGCGAACGACGGCGGACGGAAGGUUUGUUAAGAGACGCGCAAGCGAAGUACGACGAAUUAGAUCGCAAGUAUACCAAUCGGCCGUCGCGCCCGGAAGACGUCGAGCGGAUAGCCACGCUGGAACGGGAGAACGAGGAGGCCCUCCGAGACGUGGCACGGAUGAAGGAGGAGCUCGUCUACUUCAAGCGGGAAUUGAUCAACCGGGAAGAGAACUUCAACUCGCGCUUUGCAGCCGGCGGAGCAUUGGGCGCGACGGUGGGCGUCAUGAACGUGCUCAACACGGGGAAAGCUAGAACAAAGAAGCCGAAGAACGGCUUCCGAUAAGUAGACAGUUGUGUUA